AUGGCGAUCCUUAGUUCCCCCGAAGCCAAAUUAGUGCUAUCUGAUAUCUACCAACAUAUCCUGGAUCACUAUCCUUACUUCAGGACGAGAGGGCCUGGUUGGAGGAAUUCGAUAAGGUAA